UAUAUAUACAUGAUGAAUCGUGAUUUACAACCACCUUACAAAUUAGAUCCAGAUUCAACAGAAAGAAUAAUAAAAGAUUUAUUGAUAUAUAAAGAUGCUUAAUUAAAAGUCAUACUUAAAAAAUAUAUUGAAAUUACAGCACCAUAAGAAACAUUGAGUGAAGAAAAAUUGUAAAUUAAUCGAAUAAAUAAAAAGACAAUAAUUAGCUGCUGAAUUUUAAAAAGAAAUAGCUGUUUAUGAAUUUUAAAUAGCGAAAGCAGUCAGAUAACUUGAAGCAUAAAAUUUUGAUAGAGAAUAAAAUUAAGAAUUAAAUAAAUCAAUAAGUAAUUGUAUUGAUGAUUUUUUUAGUUGAAGGGAUAAAAAAAACUGAUUAUGAAAUAGAAAAUCUAAAAAGGGUUUAUUAGAUUGAAGAAUAAAUAAAAAUUAAUAGAUAACACUAUGAAUUUUUAUCAAAAUAAAUUAGCAGUUAUGAAAAUGUUGAUAAAGUUGUUAAAAAUAUUGAAGUUGCAACAAAAAAUAUAGAUUAAUUAAAGAUCCAACAUAAAUAAGCAGAAGAAUUAAUAAAAAUUAAAGAAAAAUAAUUAUUCAUGAUGGUAUAUUUGUUUUAUAAUAAAUUAGUUGCAUCUAAUGUAAGAUUUAAUUGAGGUAAAGAAUGAAUAAUGAAGGUGUUAUUGUUUUGUUUUGAAUAUUAUAAAAUUAAAAGAAUU